AUGGUCGAUAUCAACAACACAGAUUACGAUCCUUAUCAUCCGCUCUCAAGACCCAAAGCUGCAUUCACAAGUCAUCUAGGUCCACCAGCUUCUUCAUCACCUGAAGGAUCAAAAGAUGCUAGAAUAAGGGAAGCGGCGCAAGCUGCAUCUGCAUAUAAGUCAGAUUCGUAUUCAAAGCAAGAUGGGCAUAUGGAUGAACCAUUGAACGGUAAUGGGACAACAGAUGAGAAUGAGAGUAGGAAUGGAGAUGAAGAAGGACCAAAAGGGUUUGAAGCUGUUAGAAUAAAUGGCUCGAAGUCACCUCGAAUCAAUCCUUUUCAUCUUCUAUCAUAUCCUGAUUCAACAUCUCCUUUACCGCCUCUUCCACCUCACUUACAAUCUUUGACGUCUGAAGAAAAUCGUGAAGAUACAAAUACCAACACUGAACACAUACAUCAGAAUGAAAUUGGAAAUGGUAAUGGUUAUACGACCAUCCUUAGUGAUGGUAACGGAGAAACUAUAACGGCACCUGUACAUAUCACUAAAGUGACAUCUACAGCUGUUGUAGUGACUGCUGAAACACCUGAAGGGACACAUCGACGAGUGAUGAAUAAAAUCACUAACGUGUUUAAGAGAGAUUCAUCAAGUGAUCCAGGAAGAUCUCCAGCAAUGCAAGGACCACCUCCAAGUCCACCGCUCAGUGAAGCAGGUGAUAACGCUUCUUCUGUAUUCGCAUCUGAAACCACAGAUAAUCCAGAAACAAUAGAAACUCAUAUCGAACAAAUACUUUCUCCAGUUGAUGAAAUACCGAAUGAUAUUCCUGAUCCACCUGAAAAUGGAAGUCCUUCAAUAGCAAAUGCGUUCACAACAGAACCUACUGAUCUUGGUGGAUCACCCACCUCUUUAGCACCUCCUAUACCUUAUACACGUAGAGUUUCAAGUGGUUCAGCGACUUCAAGUAGAGCAGGUUCUUUAUCAAUCGUAAGAAGUGGUAGAUUAGCUCCUCAACGUGAUCCUCAGCAAGCAGAGCAUACUUUAGCGUCGACUUCAACUUCUAAUCAGAACCAUGGGAAUAUAGGUUUAGGAUUAUCGAAGAAUCUACCUGAUAUACCAACGGAUCAAGAGAGAAGGGGUAGUGCAGGUAGUAUAUUAUCUGCCCCUAGACCAAUAAGGAGAAGUACGAAUCCGUCACCUGUCGUGCCAUCGUCGCCUAGAUCACCUUUAACUCAUUCACUCUCAACCUUCUCACCUCCACAAAACACUACCGCAAUUCCUGGAUUAGAAGGCGCAGCUCUAGCUUCUGAUAUUCUCGCUCAGACGGAGAUACUGAGACAGCAAAGACUAGAGAGGAGACAAAAGAAAGCCAGUGCUCAGAGUGCAGCCGGUGCUGGGCCUGCUGUCGAACCAACCGAGAAUGAGCAAAUACCGAGAGCCAAAGUGGAAGAAAAACCAAAAGAACCUCAGGAAACAAAGGUAUUGGUCGGAAACCUCAUUGGAGAAGACCACGUCAAUUACGUAUUAAUGUACAAUAUGCUUACCGGUAUCCGUAUAGGAGUCUCACGAUGUCAAGCAAAGAUAAAACGACCGUUAACCGAUGAGGAUUACUAUGCUAGGCAUAAAUUCUCUUUUGACAUUGUUGGGAACGAACUUACACCUUCAGCAAAAUACGAUUUCAAAUUCAAAGAUUAUGCACCAUGGGUUUUCCGUGAUUUGAGAGAUGAUCAUUUCCAUUUGGAUCCUGCCGAUUACCUGUUAUCACUCACUGCGAAAUACAUCUUAUCAGAACUAGGAUCACCUGGUAAAUCAGGUAGUUUCUUUUAUUUUUCAAGAGAUUAUCGAUUUAUCAUCAAAACAAUUUCACACGCGGAACAUAAAUUCCUGAGAUCAAUCCUGAAGGAUUACCAUCAACAUAUAAAGACGAAUCCGCAUACGUUAUUAUCAAGAUUUUAUGGAUUACACAGAGUCAAAUUACCUCGAGGUAGAAAAAUUCAUUUCGUGAUAAUGAAUAACCUUUUCCCACCCCAUAGAGAUAUCCAUGAGACAUACGAUCUGAAAGGAUCAGCAUUCGGAAGAGAAUAUCCAGAAGAAAAAGCCAAAACAAAUCCUAAAGCUGUACUGAAAGAUAAGAAUUGGGUGAAUAGAGCUAGAACAUUAGAGUUAGGUCCAGAGAAAAGAGCUUUAUUAUCUGAACAACUGAGGAGAGAUAUGGAAUUCUUGAAAAAGGCUAAAGUGAUGGAUUAUUCAUUAUUAGUCGGUAUACAUAAUAUGGAAAGAGGUAAUAGGGAUAAUUUAAGAGAGAAUCAGUUACAAAUGUUCCAUCCUGAAGUACCACCACCACGUCGUAAACCAUCAGCCAUUAAACAAUCAAAUGAAGCUUCGAACGUUAGAAAAGCGAUUAGGAGAUCUGAUCCAAAAAUGUUGGAUGUAGCUUCACAAUUACCUUCGGCGGAUUCAGCAGAUCGACGUCAUUUCUUAUUCUAUCAAGAUGAAGGUGGAUUAAGAGCGACAGAUGAAGCGAAUCAAAAUAUGGAUGUUAUAUAUUAUCUUGGUGUGAUCGAUAUUUGUACACCUUACAAUACGUUAAAAAAAGUUGAACAUUUAUGGAAAUCGAUGACUGAAGAUAGGCAUACGAUAUCAUGUAUAGAUCCAAUAAGUUAUGGUCAAAGAUUCCUUAAUUUCUUGACAUCAGUAAUGAGAGGUGGAGAUAAAUCAUUGAGGCCAUUAGGAUUAGAAGACUCGACAAAAACUGAAGAAGAGGAAAAACCAGUCGGUGAAAUAGGUCAGCCUAGACGACAUCCUCAACUACAAGGUGACGUAGAACAAUAUGGAGAACCAACCGGGGAUGGGGAUGUCAAUCUCAACGCUCACACCAUCGCUAAUGGUGAUGGAAAUACAUCAGGGAGGGAAGUUGUUCAAGUUAAGACAGAGUUGAAUCCGGUUGCUGUACAAGCUGAUCAACGUGGUAUCGCAAUGUAA